GGAUGUACACAGCGGUGGACCACUGCCUGGCGUCUCCCUGUAAGAACGGCGCCACCUGCACGCGCCUGCUCGACACCUACGUCUGCAAAUGUCUGCCUGGGUUCCACGGACAGCACUGCGACAGAGCUCGUCGGACCUCCCACGGCUGUCACUAUAAAAACGGAGAAUGUGAACAUUUCUGCAGACAUCUUCCGGAUCGUUCUCACGUGUGUUUCUGCGCUCCGGGAUAUCGCCUGCAUCAGGACGCCAUCAGCUGCAUGGCCGAAGGUGAAGCGGCUUGUGGAAGAACUGUGACGCGCUUUACCCCGAGAGUUAUUAACGGAAAGAUCUGCCCCAAAGGACAGUGUCCCUGGCAGGCUCUGUUAACUGAACACAACGUGUUUUCGUGCGGAGCGAUCGUCCUGUCCGACCGCUGGGUUCUGACCGCGGCGCACUGCGUCUGGAGAAAGCCUGCCACCGUCUUCAACGUCACCGUGGGUGAACACGACCUGAACGAGGAUGAGCGCACGGAGCAGAAGCGACGUGUGGUCAAAGUGCUGAUCCACCACGACUACAACAAGUCCAGCUCCGACAGCGACCUUGCCAUGCUGAAGCUGCACCGGCCGGUCAAACUGGGGCUCUACGUGGUGCCCAUCUGCCUGCCGGCCCGCAACAGCUCCUUCGGCCGAGCGCUGUCGAGCGUGCGACACUCCACCGUGUCUGGCUGGGGCCGCUUGUCGCGGUUCGGCCCUGCCGCGGGGAUCCUGCAGCGGCUGAUGCUGCCGAGGGUCCCUCUGCAGGAGUGCCGCCUGCACACCAAGCUCAACAUCACCACGAACAUGCUCUGCGCCGGGCUGAAGGCCGGCGGCCAGGACGCCUGCGAGGGGGACAGCGGCGGGCCCCUGGUGACGCGCUACAAGAAAACCUGGUUCCUGACGGGCGUGGUGAGCUGGGGGAAGGGCUGCGCCAACAAAAACCUGUACGGGGUUUACGUCAGAGUCAGCAACUUCCUGAGCUGGAUCGAGAACAUCAUGUCCAACUUCUGAGACGCUCAGGCCGACGCUGUGAAGCUUAGAGAUCCGGCUCGGGAACCUCAAGUUCACUGUAGUAAUAAAGUUGUGCAGCAUUUUGAUGUUGGUUAUUACUGAGCAGGUUUUACAGUGUUGGACGCUGAACUGUGUUAUUACGAUAUUGUUUAAUAACAACAAUAAACUUCUAUAAUGUUCAUGGUGAUUUUCUAAUUUCUAUGUUUUUUGUUUCGUCAGAUUCAUAGUUAAAAAGAAAAUGUAUCAUUUGUAGAAAAUGUUGAAAGUAAAAAGUGAAAGAAUGCUUGUUGGUUGAUGAAGAUUUGUUUGUUGGAUUCCAUUAAA